AUGAAUCAAUUGUUGGUUGAGUUAAAGGGUCUGGUGCUAAAAGCAAGUCUGGUACCAUCUUCGUUAAUAACCCCUAAGCUUCUUUCACAGAAGUUUUUUUUUUUAAUAAACUACUCAAAAGGAGUUAGCCCCUCUAUUGAAGUUGUUGAAUAUUAUGCCAACGGAUGCCCCACCAGUUUCCACAAGGGUGCAAGGGGAGAGAAGAUAGGUAUUGGCAUGGGAUCUAUGUUCAGAACUGAUGGUAGUUCUUCAAAGAAAAAUGACGAAGAUGUGAAGGUAGUAGGAAAAGUUUCUUCAACUCAAAUUCCUAUUUCAUUAGUAACUAUUUCAAUAAUUUCGACUUCCACCACAACAAUAACAAGGCUUGUAGCAAAAGGAAUCGUUAUUGGUGGUUAUGUUGCUGUAGGAUCAAGUUCGAAACCUCUUCCUACCAUAGAAUAG